UGCCUCCGGUCGUCCUGUUCGGAUAUGAUUCGUCUCCGUUCACGAAUAAAGUGCGGUUAGCGUUGAGGAUUAAGCAGAUUCCGUUUUGUAUGUCACCAAUAUUUGAGCAUUUUGUUGUUCUGAUUUUUUGUUGUUGUUAUUUGGCCCCCUUCGUUCCCUUUGUUGCUCCUCCGCAGCAAAACCAUAUUUUCUAAAACUCUAUUCACCGAGACAAAUUCGCUCAAAAUGCUCCCAGCGCCUCCGUCUCUAUAACAGAAUAUUUUCCCUCAAUCCCCACUUCCUCGUGUCUUCCAACAUGCCCUACCAUGCCCUCUAUAAUUCCCUCACCUCAGCCCCUGACCUCCCACCCCUACCACCCAAUCUGACAUCCAUACAGCCUACAUCCCGGUCCCAAGUAUGAUGCCACGUCCCCUUCUCCGCCAAACCUUCGGCCUUACAUACCGCAAAAUACCCGUCUUAACUAUCGGCCGCGACAUCUACUGCGAUACUUCUCUGAUCAUCGAGGCCCUGGAGUAUUACUUCCCUGAGGAUGCUGGGUUUGGGACUGUCUAUCCUCGGGCGAAGAGCUUGGGAGGUCCAGGAGAUGGGGGCAAGGGGGUUGACUGGGCGUAUCGGAGCCUUGUGAGGGGAUUUGCGAGUUUUUGGGUUGAUCGCCCCCUCUUCCGCACCACAACCGGGCUAAUCCCCUCAACCGUCUGGUCCACCGCCUUCGGCGCUGACAGAUCCGGGCUCAUCGGACACAAACUGGACCCGGAGAAGCUGGGUGCAAAGAUCCCUGAAAAUCUCUCAAAUCUAGAUCUCCAUCUCUCGCUACUCGAACCCAUGCUAAAACGUCGCGGCGAAUGGGUUAUUCCGACUGCGACUCCAAGUCUUGCGGAUCUAAGUUUGUAUUAUCAGCUACGCUGGGGUGUGGAUAUUGCGGCCGGAAAGGGCGUGUACAAUCUGACGGCUGGAGGGAUUGGGGAGGGGAGCGUGAAUGGGAAUGUUGCGGAGGAGGUGUUUAAUAAGGAAAGGUAUCCUGGGGUGUGGGACUGGUUUCAUGCAUUUGAGGCAUAUAUCUGCACUCUCCCGGACCCCGAGACUGUCGUCGAUGGUAACACUCUGGAUUGGAAGGACCAACUCAGAUCAACCCCCCUCCUUGACACGAAAGACGGCACAGAUAUCCUAGUCCCCACGCCCGCAGGCGACUACCCCAGUCUAGAUCUUCAACGCGGGCUGCAACCGGGUGUGGUUGUCAGCGUGGCGCCUGAUGAUACGGGGCGUGAUGAUCCGACAGUGGGGGAGUUGGUGAGGAUUGGGGUUGAGGAGGUUGUGGUGAGGCCGGUGGAGAAGGGGGAGAUGGAUGUUAGGAUUCAUUUCCCGAGGUUGGGGUUUGUGGUUAGAGUUGCGGAGGGGAGUCGACUGUGAGUUGGGUCGGGAGUGUAUUUGUAAUGGUAUUUCACACUUUUUGAGAUGAGAUGAGGGUUGGAGAUGUGCUCGAUGUAGAUUGGGGGCGGUGAGAAUGUGAUACAGCACCCAUAAGUCGUCAAGCGUUGAGUAUAAAUCAUAGAGGAUCGGCUUUAGUAUUUCUAUCGGGUUCUUAGGUAGUUGUUCAUCGGUCCUAGGAUGGCUUGGAUAUCAGAUAUGUAGCCUUGAUGUUAUCACUCGGAUCUAGGUAAAGGAUCCAUUUCGAAAGGUAGACAGGACUUGGUGAUACACUUUAAUAGUCUUCG